AUGUCCUGGAGGACAUGGACGGCACACUUCAACUGUUGCCCCACCAACAAAGGUGGUUCUGUCCACCAGGAUCAGUAUCUGGACAUCAGGCAGAAUUCCUAUGUCAAGCUGGUCAUGCUUGCCCGCUUGGUAGUGCCGCCCCCUCCAUCUGUAGUGCUGGUCAUUAUCAGUCUUCAUCAGGACAGCCCACAUGUGACACUUGCCCACCAGGCAUGUUCUGUAACAUCAGCGGCCUGUCAGAGCCAUCUGGGUCCUGCAGACCAGGACAUUUUUGUUCCCGAGGAUCUAUUGAAUCAGCCCCUGUUCUUCGACCUCAUGGAGAUGUGUGUCCCAUUGGACAUUUCUGUCCAGAAGGCAGUGGGUCACCGAAGCCCUGUCCAAGAGGGAGCUUCCUUUCAGAGCCUGGAGCUGCAUCUUCCUCUGACUGCCACCUCUGCUCCCCGGGGAAAUAUUGUCUUGGUCCUGGAGCCUCACAGCCCAUGGGUCUGUGCUCUCCUGGUUUCUUCUGUGUAG